AUUGGAGCAUAUGUUCUCAACGUCAGAGGUGAUGAAAUGCUCUACAAAGUCUUGUGUAAGACAUAUAUAUACUCCGCCAUGGAGACGAGAAUUCUUUAUCACUAAGCCAAAUAUAGAAUUCUUACAGCAAAUAAAGUUGAAAAAGGUAUAAUCUGAGUCGGUGAAGAGGAAGGAAGAUAUGGGUGGUUUGCAGGGUUUACUGUAUGCUCAAAGUUUCCACGGUCGAUUGGAGGAGAAGAAGAAAGAAAUAAUGGGCUGCUUGCUGGGCUUACAAUAUGUUCAAAGUUUUCAGGGCUUACAAUAUACUCAAAGUUUCCAUGGUCGAUUGGAGGACAAGAGGAAGAAGGAAACCAUGGGCUGCAGGCAGGGCUUACAGUAUUGUCAUGGUCAAUCAGAGGAGAAGAGAAAGAAGGAAAUAAUGGGGUUCUUUCAGGGCUUACAAUAUGUCCAAAGUUUUCAGGGUUUACAGUAUGGUCAAAGUUCCCAUGGUCGAUUGGAAGAGGAGAGGAGGGAAGAGAACACAAUGAGCUGCUUGCAGGGCUUACCAUACGCUCAAAGUUUCCAGGGUAAAUCAGAGGGGAAGAAGCAGGAGAAAAUAAUGAACGGCUUGCAGGGUUUACACUAUGCUCAAUGUUUUAAGGGUCAAGAGGAGGAAGAGGAAAGAAUAGGCAGUUUGCAAGGCCUACAAAAAGCUCAAAGUUUUCAGGAUCGAUAUGAUGCGAAGAGGAAGAAAGAAAUAAUGAGCGGCUUGGAGGAUUCACAAAAUACUUUUGUGGGUGGAUUGGAGGGGAUGAGAAAGAAGGAAAUAAUGGGCAGAUUGCAGGGCUUACAAAAAGCUCAAAGUUUUCAGGAUCGAACAGAGAAGAGGAAGAAGGAAUUAAUGGGCGGUUUGAAAAGUUUACAGAAGGCUCAAAGUUUUCAGGAUCGAUCAGAAGAGAAGAUUAAGAAGGAAAUGAUGUGCAAUUUGAAGGACUUAAAAAAGACUCAAAAUUUUCAAGAUGCAUCAGAAGAGAAGAAGGAAAUAUUGAGCCGAUUGAAAAGCUUACAGUAUGUCCUAAGUUUCCAUUGUCCAGUUGAGAAAAAGACGAAGGAAAUAAUAGGUGGCUUGCAGGGUUCACAGUAUGCCCAAGAUUUCCAUGGUCAAUCAAAGAAGGAAAAAUUGGGUGGCUUGCUUGGCUCAGAGAAUGCUUUAAGUUUCCUCGGUCUACCAGAGGAGAACCUGAAGGAGCAAACAAAAGGCGGCUUUAAACGCUUACAGUAUUCUCAAAGUUUCCAAGGUCGAUCAGAGAAGGGAAACAAGGAAAUAACGAGAGGGCUGCAGGGCUUACACUUUGCUCUAAGUUUCCAGGAUCGCUCUUUAUCGUCGACAAUAUACCCUGAAAUUGACGACCACUCCGAGCAGGAGGUCUUGGGAACCCUUCUCUGCGUAGAACUCCAGCGGCUGCAGAGUUUCGAGAGCUUUCUGAGCAUCGGCUGGCUCCGGCAGGCGCUGGACCUGUGCCUGUCGAUGCAUAGAGAGCUCCAAGAUAUUUUUCCCCAAAUCCGACAGGCAGUCCUGCGGCAGAAUUCAAAGUGGAUGGAUGAAACCCUAAAUGACACGGUGAAGCUCCUUGACGUAUGCGACGCUCUGCGCGAGAAAAUGAGAGACAUGAAGGAGUACCAGGAAAAGCUUCACAUUGUGGUUCAUUGCUUAAAUGGCUGCCUCGGCCCCUGGCAGCUACUCAGGGCCCGGCAGUUCCUCAGCAGUUUAAACGAGUCGUUGGCCAAAGCUCAGAGAAAAUCUCGGCUGGAGAAUUGCAGCUCCAUGUUGCGGCGCAUGGGCGAAAAGCGGGCGAGUUCCUCUGCAGGAGCCGGAUUAGUGGAACCGAUCCAUGCAGUAAAAGACCUUACUGUCUUCGUCUGCGGCCUUCUCACCGCCGCCCUUUCAACCAAAUCGAGGCGCUCCCUGCCGCUGCCCUGCACCGGGCACUCCGCCUGGGCCUGUGCCCUUCGAACCCUGCACUUUAAAGCAAAGAAAGAGCUCGAAAGGCGUGGAAGCAGAGGCGCCGGCCGCGUUUUGCUGGACGAGCUGCACGCCGUGGAGUCAUCUUCCCGGGCUGUGUAUCAUCUGCUCGUAAAUAGCAAGUCAGUCCCGCUAAACGAAGGGCAGGAUUUGGAAUUGAGGCAGUCGGUGGUGUGUUUAAAGAAUUGUGUGGCAGAAUUGGAAGACGGCAUGGCUUCCUUAGAAAGUCAGAUUAAUGAACUGAUUAAAGUUGUGGUAGCCGAUCGGAUGGCUCUGUUGAAUGCUCUCGCUUAUUCGUAGAAUUUAAAACUAGGUUUUAGUAAAAAUUAAGUAUUGUACUAAGUUGAGAUCCCUGCGCGGAUCAGACCAAGGGUUUUAGUAAAAAUGAAGUCUUAUACUAAGUUGAGAUCCCUGCGUGGAUCAAACCAGUCGCUCGCCUCUUCGAACUCUGAAUGCGCAACGAAAGGAUGAAAAUUCAAUCUUGGCUGGUUUACUGUACAUGCGUAUAAUACUAAAUGU